GUAAACUCAACGUGGGUGGGAUCGUGGCAGCUGUGGUGGUUGUCCUGAUAAUCCUGGGACUGGUCAUUUUCGGCAUUUGGUUCGCUUACAAUCGUGGCUAUUUUAGCAAAAGAACAACGUGAGUAGCCUGGUCUUCCUUCCGGCCCACCGUUCUUUGCCGCGUAACCACCAGCCCUGCCGUGAGGUUCCCUUUUCAGGGGGGAUGAGGGAGAGGCACAGCUGAUCCUGGCACUUUCUCUCUGGUUUACGGGAUUUAUUCCUCUGAUAAAAAGUGGGAGACCCCAGUUCAUUUAAAAAAAGAAAGAGCAAACUACAGGUACUCCUCGAGUUACGACCGUUUGCUUAGUGACCGUUUGAAGCUGGUUCCCGCACUUACGAGCUAUAACGUGACCACAUUUGGGUGCUUAUGUUUAUGAUGGUUGCACCAUCCUGGGAGUGCUGUGAAGUUGGCGGAGAAGCUGGCAAGGAAGGCCCCACGUUGCUGAAUGCGAUGUAUGGGCUUAACCACUGCACUGCUUAGUGACCAGUUUUCCAGGCCCAAUUGUGGUCGUAACUCGAGAACUACCUGUACAGUAAGUGAAAAGCCAUGAAACAAAAAUAAUCAAAAUUAACGUUCAAGCAAUUAAUUGAUGUUUCCCAGCUUUCAGCCCCUGAUGUAAAUUCCCAGAAUCCGCCAAUGGACCAUUUCCAGAAUGUCAUGGAACUCCUCAAUUGGAGAAGACAUGUGGGAGUCGAAGUCCACCAGUCCUAAAUUAUGUUGUCCAGGGAAUUCUGGGAGUCGAAGUCCACCAGUCCUA